AUGGACGAGGAGAGCAAGGUGAGAAGCUUAAGGUCAUCCUCCGCGUCGUCGUAUUCUCCCAAUUCCGCCGGCCCGAGACUCUCUUCACGACUACAUAACUCAGCCCCUCUCGAAUACCCCCGACCGACACCGGACGUAUGGUACGGCUUCGCAGGGAGAAAGGUGGCCCGACCAAGCCUGCGCCUACCCUCCAGCCGAGUGCUCACUGCUACCUCGAAGAAAGAGUUGAAGGAUAAGGGGAAGAGGAAGGACAAGGGCCAGGGCGGAUAUGGAUCUGUGGAUGAGAGUGCGGUGUCUGGGCAGGAGAAGCAUGAUCCUACGCUCAGGAAGGAGGUGUCGAAGUUCUUGAAGGCGCUUAACCGAAAGGACGGCCAGACGAAGCCCCAGCCGAAGCAAACGAAGGACAGAAGGAAAGGCAAGGAGAAGGAGAAGAAAAGGGAGAGGGAGAGGGAGAAGGCCCUCCUUGAAAAACCCUCCACAAAAAAGUCGACGUCGACUUCAGAACCGGACAAAUCGUCAAAACGUUCGAAGAAAACCGAAAAAAAGAAAUCGAAGAUGGAGUCGAAGUCGUUAUCGUCCGCUGCGAACGCCGCCUCCGUCCCUGUAUCCAACGACCCGCCCCCGUCCGCGCCCUCAGGUGCACCUUCCAGCCGGGCAGCCGACCGACCCCAGGCGAAGCUCCCAACCAAAGUCCCGAUCAACCCCAAAUCGCACGUCGUCUUCGCCCCGACUUCGCAGUGGUACACUGCCCUGCCCUCCCUCCCUCCGCAGAACGCCUCGUCUCCCAAAAAUCCUUCCCCUCCCACACCCACCCCCGCCCAACUCGCCUCCCUCUCCUCAAAGGCCGUUUCCCUCCAUGCAGCCGACACGCACACCUUCCUCGCCGCCUCCGCCACCUCCUCCGAGGCGUCCUUCGUGGCGAAGAUCCUCCAAUCCGGAACGUUGUCGGAUAGACUGAGUGCGCUGACGCUGCUCGUGCAGAGCAGCCCGGUGCAUAAUACGAAGGCUUUGGAAGGGUUAAGGGGGUUGGGGGAGAGGGGAAGGGGCAAGGGCAAGGGCGGGAGGGAGGAGAGCUUGAAGUUUGAAGGCGCUGCGGUGUGUUGUGCAUUGGUGGGUUGGGGGCGGGGUGCCGGGGCAGAAGCUGAGGUAGGUGGGUACUUUCGAGAUCAGCCGCUGUUGCAUCCUGGAGUGACGGACGGGUAUUUUGUGGUGUGGUACUUUGAAGACUGGUUCAAGAAGUACUUCUUCUCCGUCCUCCAGAUCCUCGAUACCCUAUCCCUCGACCCCCUGCCCUACGUCCGCACCCAGUCCCUCGCGCUCAUAUCCACCCUCCUGCGCGACGCGCCGGAGCAGGAACACAACCUCCUACGCGACUCGCCGGAGCAGGAACACAACCGUGACCUCCUCCAGCUGCUCAUCAACAAGCUCGGUGACACCGACAAGGCGCGUCGUGGCAUAUCCUGCAGUUGUUGCAGAGACAUCCGGUGUGUGGUUAGGUAUGACGUGGUCUCUAUCACCUAUGCCUGA